AUGCAACAGCAGGAUGGCUACCUCCACUGGGAUAACUCAGUCCGGCUCUCCUUGGCUGAGAUCCAACCCCGCAGGGCUGGGUCCAGCCUGCAGCUCCCGAGGGGCUGGGCCACACUGCCCCUCUACCUGGUUCUGGCCGGGACCUUGGUCCUGUGGGGAAGCCUCCUCGGCGUCAUGCUAGCCAAGGCCUCCGAGAUGUCCACGAGGCUGAAGCAGCUGCAGGAGGUACAGAACGGGCUGAGCAUGAAUGCUUCGAUGGUGAGGAGGGACGUGGAAGAGCUGGUAGUAGCUGUGGAGGCUGUGAAGAGCAAUGUGACCCAGGAGCUGGCUCAGGCUGGGAAGGCCCAAGAGGACCUCCGCAGCGAGAUGUUCCGGGCCGUGAGUGCCCUCCAGCGUGGCCACACCUCCUCCUGCCAGCCCUGCCCCAUUGACUGGAAGACUUUUGAAGGCUCCUGCUACUUCUUCUCACCAACCAAAUCCUCCUGGCACUCAGCCAAAAGCAAGUGCCUCAGUGAGGGCUCUCACCUGGUCAUCAUCAACGAUCAGCAGGAGCAGAACUUCCUGACCCAGAACACGAACAACUUUGGCUACUGGAUCGGGCUCUCGGACACAGAAGUCGAAGGGAAGCACAAGUGGAUUGACGGCUCGGAUAUCACUUUUGUCUACUGGAACAGAGGUGAACCCAAUGACUCCUACGGGAGGGAGGACUGCGUCAUGAUGCUGUCCCACGGCCACUGGAAUGAUGCGCCCUGCAGCUCAGAGCUGGACAACUGGAUCUGUGAGAAGAGGCAGCAGAGCUGCUGAAGGGCCCCCAGAGGGACAAGAUGAGGAAAGGGGGUCUCUCUGCUUCUAAACCCAGGUCCUUUAAGACCUGGGCUCCAGGGCAGGUGGGGAAGAUCCCUCGGGGCAGGAAGCCUGACAGAAGGAACCAGAACAAGGAGGAGAGCGCUAUGCUGGGAGUCAGAGGCAAGAGACUGGGCUGCAGGGCGCCUGGGUUUUCUCCACCUGGUUGGGGCAACUGCUGGGUUGACAUCCACCCCUUUCCUAGGUUUCAGUUAGACUGUAAGCUCAUUAUGGGCAAGGAACGUGACUGCUAAUUCUGUUGUACGCUCUC